AUGGAGACCAUCGAUAAACUCAGGAGAGAAAUCGCAAAGCGAGAAGUCGAGCUCGCAGACUUACGCUCUCAGCUCGCAGCAGCAGAAUCCGAAGCACGCGAAACUAAGACUGAAGAGUCAUGGAAAUGGCCUCUUGAGAAUCACGAGUAUGAGCGCUAUAGCAGACAGAUGAUUGUUCCAAAUUUUGGACUUCAAGGUCAACUGCGCUUGCGAAAGGCCAAGGUUCUACUCGUCGGCGCCGGAGGUCUAGGUUGUCCUGCUGCUGCAUAUCUCGCUGGCUCAGGUAUUGGAACGAUUGGUCUAGUUGACGGCGAUGAAGUCGAAGUUUCGAAUUUGCAUCGUCAAGUUGCGCAUUCGACUGGUCGGGUAGGCAUGAGUAAAGUGCAGAGCGCAAUUACUUAUCUUAAAGAUCUUAACCCGACGAUAACUUAUCAUGCGCACAAUACCCAUCUUACGCCUCAGAAUGCGCAGGACAUUGUGUCUGGAUAUGAUCUUGUCCUUGAUUGUACGGAUCAUCCUACAUCUCGCUAUCUCAUUUCGGAUAUUUGUGUUCUUCUCUCAAAGCCUCUUGUUUCAGCAUCUGCGUUCCAAACCUCUGGUCAACUUAUUGUUCUCAACAAUCCUCCUGGCAAAGGACCUUGUUAUCGUUGCGUCUUUCCCACGCCACCACCACCUGACAGUGUGGUGGGCUGUGGUGAAGGUGGUAUCAUUGGACCUAUUGUUGGUACUAUGGGUGUCCUGCAAGCGCUCGAAGCGAUCAAGCUGGUUUCGAGAGGCGAUCUUGAGAUUCAUGGAGAGGCAAAGACACCGAUGUUGUUGCUCUUCACUGGAACCUCUGACACACCUUUCCGAUCUGUGAGGAUGAGAGGAAAAAGAAAGACAUGUUUCGCUUGUGGAGACGAGAAUGGUUUGACGCUGGACGAGCUCAAGACGUCAAUGGAUUAUGUCCAGUUUUGUGGUGUCAGACAGCCGGUCCAAUUGCUCAAACCAGAUGAGCGAGUGACGGCAAAGGAAUACGAGACGAUAUCAAAGCCAGGAGAUAAGGAGGCUUUGUUAGUGGAUGUUCGAGAAAAGGAGCAUUUCGAUCUCUGCAACAUCUCGGGUUCGAUCAAUAUUCCCAUUAGUCGCUUCAUGAGCGCUCGUGGUGAAGCUACACCCGAAGGCUGGCCAAGCGAUGUAUCACCGUCUACACCUAUAUACUUGGUUUGCAGAGUUGGCAACGAUUCUCAAAUUGCGGCGCAGAAGCUCAAGGAUCUGGGAUUGGGGAACGAGCGAUUCAUUGGUGAUAUCUCUGGUGGAUUCAAGUCAUGGAAGGACACUGUCGAUCCUACUGUGCCAUUCAUAUAA